UGAUCUGCGGAUUUCGAUUUUCCAUUGCCUCUUUUUUGGAUUUCCUUGGACUUUUGGAUUUCUGGAUCCGGCUAACGCCUUCGGACAACCUUCGGACAGCCUUUGGACAGCCUUUGGACAGCGUUUGGACACCUCACGACACCUCACCUCAGUUUAACACAGUUCAUCUCAUCUUACACACUACACACAUUUUUCUACAUACAUCAUCUCUCUCUCUCUCCCUCUCUCUCUCUCUCUCUCUCUCUCCCUCCCUCUCCUUUUUGUGUGUGUUUCAAGAUGCCUCGCAAGGGACGACGCUCUGAGGCCCAGAAGCAGCGUUGGAGGAAGCCUGACGCGUCCGAGAUGCCCACCCCACCUCCGCCCAUGGACGCAACCUCCUGCUCCCGCCCUCCACGGAACAACACGGUUGGAUCCACCCUGCUGGCCGGACCGUUCUGGAGAGCGGAUGAAGUGCGUGCUAGCUUUCAUGCACGCCGCGGUACUGGUUACCGCCACAGGGUCCUUCAAUGGCCAACUUCACCCUUGACUGGGCGCGGCCACAAGUUGGUCAUUCCACCUGAGAUCCCUGGCAAGAAGUUUGUUCUGAUUGUCGGGGACUCCCAUCUACGUGCUCUUGUAGAUGGUUUUAUCUGGAUGCCAGAGUCUCAGCUGAGCUUUGGCUUCCUGUCGAUCCCGGGCGCGUCUGCUUCAGAGAUCCGCACCGAGGUUCUGCACGCUGCAGUUCCUCGUGCUCCUGAUGCUGUCUGCAUUAUGGCCCCGAGUAACAACCUCACCAGCACCACUGUUGACAUGGCCGGAGUGGACUUUGCCAACCUUCUUUCUACUUGUGGCAACCGCUGGUCCAAGGUUUUUGUCGUUGAUUUCCCGCCCAGCCUGGUUGUUGACGCCCAACACCAGGACCUGCUGAGGCAGGAAUAUCGACGUGUGGCUGCUCGUAUGGGUGUGAAGUACUUCACUGCUGUGGAGCACUUCCCCCUGAGCAAUUUGGUGCUGUGGAGCAAGGAUGGUGUCCAUCUAAGUGAUCGAGAGGGGAUGGGGAUCCUCGUCCAGUUGCUCUGGUCUGCUGCCACUGAGCAACUGGAGACACCACCUCCUACGCCCCGGGUCUCUCCCAAGCCGUCACCUCCAGUUAGGAAAGUCACUCCUAAACUGGUUGUGAGGGAGAGUUUCCGUGCUCCACCCAGCCCUGAACCCCGUGAGUGGAGGACCAUCGGUCAGGGCAGCAAGACGAGCCAUCCUUGGGAACCUCCCACGUCCAGAGAUUCACCCCAGCCCAGGAUGGCUCAUCAGCAGGAGGAGGAGAGCUUCCUUCCACUGAACCCAGUCUGGUUCAGUGGCACAGUCCUAAGUGCCAUGGAGAAAGUCUCUCCCUCUCACCUGUCUUGCCUGGCGGACUUUCAGCCUUCCCCAAAGCCAAAGAAGGUGGCGUCUUCUUCAGCUAAGCGUCGGUCCCGCCCGCGUGACAGAACCCCUCCCUGCCCCCGUCCUCCAGUGAACGAGACGGCUGGAAUGCCUCCAGCCCCGCGUUCCUGGAGGUCGGAUGAGGACGACGCCCCUUUUGACCCUGCUUCCUCAGCUCAGGCAGUGGCUGCUCCGGCAGCAGUAAGACGGCCCAGGACCCUGGAUGGGCACCCCCCCCGCUUCCCAACUGCAGUGUACAAUCUGGUUGACUCACCCCCAGCCAGAUUGUCCUGCAGUUUGGGUGAGACAGACACCCCCGUCUGUUCUCCGAUUGCGAAGGCGGCCAAGGUUCCGACCCCCUCCCCAAAUGGACAGACCUGGACCACCAUGGAUGUGGACUGUGAUCCUCCUUCACCUGAGAAGAUGACCCGAACACCGACUCCAUCCAGGGCCCAGUCACCCUGGUUCAUGACGGCUGCAUCCACCUCAUCUGAAGCACCUACAGAAGAGGAUAAAACCAGGAGCAAGACUCAGCGUGUGGAGUCAAUCCAGGCCAGUCACUGUCAGGAUGACGAUAAGUAUGACGUAUUCUCGCGUAACCAUCAGUGCAGCUGUAAUGCACUGACUUUUUUGGCAUUCCACGCUGAGGGUUGUCAUUUAACCAGGACUGCACUCGAUAGAGUCCUGGAACUGGGAGACUCGUUAUAUACUAGAACCAAAUGGAAACUGAUUCAUGAGAAGACCUUCCAGAGCAAUCACCUGACUGUCGAGGAGAUGCCAGGUGAAGUCUUAACAGACAGACGUUCAUACUAUGUCAAUAAGCGUGACAUCUUCUGUGGCUGUCUGAAAGCUUCCAGCCCUGGAGGACUGCAGUUGGGGUUGCCACUUGCCACCCAGCUGGAGUGUCUAUCAGCAGAGGUCAGCCAUGCUUUAAUCCUCGUCGCUCCGGAGGUCAUUGCUGUUUUCCGUAGCAAGUCCGGGAGGUAUGGAGUGUUCGAUUCCCACUCCAGAGACCAUAGAGGCUUACCUUCUUAUCAUGGCAAGGCGAUUGUCAUGACUUUCACAGAACUCUGUGACAUGGCUGACCACCUCCACACACUCUUCAGAGAUCGUGGAGACUCUGCUACUUACGAGUUUGUCCCUGUUUCUUUUCACACUGACAGCCCCAGUGACCAUCCUCAACAAUCUGCGGGAACCGAAGUCCUUGAUGACCUGUCUGAAACUGCUCUCCCUGUAUUGCAAUCAGACAGUGGGGCAGCUGUCUCAGGUAAGAUUGGGGGUGACCUUAGAAGUUCAACAGCUGUCCCACAAGCGUCAGUAAAGCUCUCCAAAAUGAGCAAGGCCCAGAGGCAAAAAGCCAUGAGGAGAGCACGUCAGCAACAGGCACCAGCGGAAGACAAAGUGGUGUCUCAUGAACUCAGAUGGACCAAAAAAAGUCAUAAUGAAAGGAUGAGGUAUGCCAGCUGUGCCGAAUUUCGUCAGAAAAAAAUUCAGGCACAGAAAAUUCACUAUGUGGAAGACGGCCAUCGUGAACAACGGCUGUCAUCAUUUCGCAAUUAUUACGCAAAAUUUAAAAUGCAAAUAAGAGAACGGUUGGUAAAGCGAUACCAUACAGAUCUUACAUUUCAGGGCAGGCGGAAAAAGUACCUUAUCCAGAGGUAUCAUAUCGAUCCUUCUUUUCGGACCCAACAAAAAAAUUACCUUGUCCAAAGGUACCGUUGCGAUCCUUCUUUUCGUACCCAACGGAAAAAUUACCUUGUCCAAAGGUACCAUUGCGAUCCUUCUUUUCGAACCCAACGGAAAAAUUACCUUGUCCAGAGGUACCGUUGUGAUCCUUCUUUUCGGACCCAACAGAGAAAGUACUUUGUCCAGAGGUACAACACAGAUCCUGCUUUUAAGAGCAGACGAAAAAACUACCUUGUCCAGAGGUACAAGACGGAUCCUGAGUUUAGGCUACAUCACAUCCAACGCUGUAGCCAACUCAGAAGACGCAAGUUGGCCACCGACGCUGGCUUUCAACUGCGUAUGAAAUGGCAGAGAGCACUGAGCAUCAAGAGGAAAUACCGACACCUCGGAACCCCUCACCAGCCAGUGCUCAAUUCUCAGAUGUCGGCAGCAAUAGCAGCAUUUCGUGCAACCGUCAGUCACGGACCCACGUAUGUCUGCACAGUCUGCCACAGGAUAAUGUUUCCGAAUCAAGUCAAGCGAUGUAAGCGAGAGAAAUACUCUGCCAGUGUUAAAGUGGCAGAAGGUUGCUUGACCGGAAGCUAUGUUCACGUUUGUGAUGCCGAGUGUUCCUUUCCCUGCUCUUUUCCGCCAGAGAGACUGCAGGAGUGGAUCUGCCACAAUUGUGACAGCCACCUCAGCAGAGGGAGGAUCUCGACACAUGCAGUAGCGAACAAUUUGGAGUUGGCACCCAUUCCCGCGGAGUUGGCCAAACUCAAUGUGCUGGAAAGACAGCUUAUCGCGAAAAUCCUCCCCUUUGCAAAAAUAAUCGCCUUGCCGAAAGGCCAACAGAGAGCUGUCCACGGAGCCGUCGUGUGUGUUCCGUCAGAAGUGGAAAACGUCGUCAAUAGUCUUCCACGUCCCCAUAGCGAAGCACAGCUACUGCAGGUGAAGUUGAAGCGUCACAUUCGUUUCAAAGGCUACCAGCACUUUUACACUGUCAGCAUGAAGAACGUUCUGGCAGCCCUGGCAAAACUCAGAGAGCAACACUCUGAGUACGCAGACGUGACCAUCAAUGAGGAGGCCACGUUCGAAACCUUUCUCCACGAGCCGGACAAGGACCGAGACUUGCAGCACGACCGUGUAGAUGCUGCACAGUGGGGAGAGGACAGCAUGCUUGAUGAGGAGCUGCUGCAAGCAUCAGAGACAGACGCACAACGGAGUCAGCAGCCCGACCGAGCUGACCGACAAGGGGAGGAGUCGAGACCCGGUGUUGCUCCGGACACCGACGCGCCGUCACCAGACAUUAGGCCGGAAAUCCUGUCUGAGGAUAUCACGGGGGAAACUGUCUUCGACGACCAAGACUCGCAGCAUGAUGGCUCAGAUGCUGCGCAGUGGGGAGAGGACAUACUUGACGAGGUGCUGCUACAAGUGUCUGACAGCUACACUGACCUAGACCAGGGCAAUUUAGCUGCAGACACAACCGCGGAACAGCAGGAGGAGCUAAGACCUGGUCUUGCUCUGGACACCUGCAUGCAGCCACCGGAUAUAUCGCAAGAAAUUCUUUCUUAUGGUGACGGCAUAUUCAGUGUUGCCCCCGCCCAAGGCAACAAACCAGUGGGAUUCUUUGCGAUCCCCAAACUGGAAGCCAUGGCAUUUCCCAUCCAGUUUCCCACAGGGGAGAACACGCUGGAUGAAGACAGGCCCGUCAAACUGUCUCCCAGCAGGUACUUCAAUGCCAGGCUCUUUGGGGCAGAUAGGCGCUUUGCUGAAGACCAGAGCUAUCUUUUCUUUGCGCAGUUUGUGACUGAGACGCACAUCGCGAGAAGCAGCAUGUCCAUUCAGAUGCGUAAAGGAAAGAAGCUCACUAAAGAUGGGAAUGUCAUCAAAAACUCCAUGCUCCAGGACAAAGAGGAGGUGGAGAGAUUAAUUCAGGCAAAAGAGGCCACACGGUUCAUGCAGCCUCUCAGAGGCACGCCUGCGUAUUGGCACAAAAGCCUGAAAGAUCUACACGCGAUGCUCAGGCAAAUGGGCAAACCGACAUUCUUUUUGACCUUCUCGGCGGCUGAGAUGAGAUGGCCUGAAGUCAUUCAGGUCAUCAAAGCUCAGCAAGGUCAGACACUUGGAGAGUUUUCAGAGCUGGACUGGAAAGCCAAGUGUGACAUUCUGCGCAGCAACCCCGUCACGGUGAUGCGCAUGUUUGAAAAGCGGGUGGACUCUCUGAUGUCGGAACUAAUCCUCUCAACGGCACAGCCGAUAGGCGAGGUAGAGGAUUUCUUUUAUCGUGUGGAGUUUCAGGCCAGAGGAAGCCCACACAUACACAUGCUGGUCUGGGUUAAAAAUGCACCCGUCUACGGUGAGGACAUCGACGAGAAGGUGUGCAAGUUCAUCGACUGUUACAUUUCCUGUCAGAUGCCUGACCCUGAGACGGACCCGGAGCUCCACAAAAUUGUCUCCGAGGUUCAGGUGCACAGCAGGAACCACUCCUCGUCCUGCAGGAAGGGAAAUGUGUCGUGUCGCUUUGGCUUCCCCAAGUUGCCGAUGGACGUCACAUGGAUCACCGAGCCGUGCGCCGUGGAUUUGCCAAGCGACGGCGUGGAAGAAGGUCAAGAUCAGGAAGGGCAGAGAAAGGUAUGGAAAGCGAUGAUCCAAAGGCAGCAAAAGGAGGCCAAGGAUAAGCUUCAGGCAAUCAGGCGUGUCCUCAUGGAUCCGAACGCCUCGUUCGAAAGCUUGUCAGAUCUCCUCCGCCAUUGCGACUUGGAGCACGAGGCAUACAUGAAACUUGCCCAAAACCUGACAAGCGGUAGCGUAAUCCAGCUGAAGCGACAUCCAAAGGAUUGUUGGGUCAACGCGUACAACCCAGACCUGCUCCGCGCUUGGAACGCCAACAUGGACAUCCAGUACGUCCUCGAUGAGUACUGUUGUGCCAUGUACAUGAUGUCCUACAUCAGCAAGCCGGAGCACGAGAUGACAGAGCUCCUGAAUAAUGUCAUCAUGACCACCAGAGAGUCCGACAUUAACCAGCGCGAUGAGAUGAAGACCAUCAUGCAGGCGUACGCGAAGCACAGGGAGGUAAGUGCCCAAGAGGCGGUGGCUCGCACGUGCAGUCUACCGCUGAAAAAGUGCUCGCGGUCAGUCAUCUUUCUUUCCACUGAUGAAGAGGGCCUGAAGAUGAGUCUUCCCAUGAAUCGACUCAUGGAUUUGGCACCAGAGUCUGAGGAGGUCUGGAUGUUGGGGGUGCCUGACAAGUACCUCUACAGACCGCAGACUCGCGAAUUUGAAGUCAUGUGUCUGGCCGAGUUUGCGUCGGACUACAGGGUAGUCUACGGCCAGCAAGCACAGCGUGAAAGUGCCAUACCCCUUCUUGAUGACAAAGGCUUCAUCACAAAGAGGACGACGGGAAAACCAGCAGUCAUCCGAUUCGCCCGCUUCUCUGAAACCAAGGUGCCAGAGAAGCACUUCAGACGACUGCUGAAGCUGUACCUCCCCCACAGAUCCGACUACGAACUGAAGGACGAGGGUCACCCCACGUACGAACAGUUCUACAAACGUGGUCGGUGGCGGGGAAACGCUGUCAGACGUAUCGUGGACCGUAACAUGGAGCGAUACGAAGGAAAAGGCGCAAAUAUGGACAAGGCACUCCAGAGCGCUCAGAGUGGUGCUGUCCUCAACGCGUGGAACGCUUUUGCGCCCGAGGUUGAGGUGGACCGGGACGAGUGUCUUAAUCUGCGAGAAAUCGUCCCAGAGGAGCAUGAAGAAGACGCUGUCCCCGACUACGAAGUCCUGGAUGUUGGGGAACCGGUUCCCAGAAUCGAGGCGCCUCGGCUGAGUCCGGACUUUGUCCGCAAGAUGUUUCAGAGUCUGAAUGAGACCCAGGCGUGCGUCUUCUACAGCGUUCGGCAAUGGUGCCUUCGACGCGUGUGGGGCCACGAUCCAGAACCGUUUCACUACUUUGUCUCGGGUGGAGCUGGUUGUGGCAAGUCCCACGUUAUCAAGUGCAUUCAUGAGGAGGCAACAAGGAUUCUUCGAGAGCUCCCGAGAUUCCGUGACAUGGCCGACAUGUCCCAGCCCGCUGUGCUGCUGACCGCAUUCACAGGCACGGCAGCUUUCAACAUCGCUGGAAAAACGUUGCACUCAGUCCUCAAGCUCCCAAGGUCCCUGGAGCCGCCGUACCAGGGCCUGGGCAAUGCACUUGACGAAGUCAGAGCAACCUUAUCUUCUGUGGAAAUUCUCAUCAUUGAUGAGAUCUCCAUGGUUUCCAAGAAGCUGUUCGCCUACGUCAACUGGCGAUUUCAACAGAUCAAGGGAAACCGAAAACCAUUCGGUGGCAUUUCUGUCCUCGCUGUUGGCGACUUUUACCAGCUGCCACCGUUGGGUAGAGCCAAGCCGCUCUGCGUUUAUGAGGAGACGGAGUUUGAUCUCUGGAGAGAUCACUUCACCAUGGUCAACCUGACGGAGAUCAUGCGCCAGAAGGAUGAUCGAGCUUUCGCCGAACUCCUCAACCGUCUGCGAAUCAAGCGAAAGCAAGAUGCUCUGUGCGACCAAGACAGACGGUUGCUUAUGCAGACAGUUAGUGACGGCAAGGAUUGUCCAGCAGAAACGCUGCACAUCUUUGCCACUAACAAACAGGUGGACAGUCACAAUGCGGCGACCGUAGCCACUAUACUCCAAGAUGACGUCAACAUUGUAGCUGAGGACUACAAGAAAGACGUCACGACGGGCCAGAAGGUGCCCGUGCACAAGGUGAAGGGCACCAAAAGAGAUUUGCCUGACAGCAUACUGGCUGCUCAAGGAGCACGUGUUAUGCUGAUCAGGAAUCUCAACGUGGAGGAUGGUCUCGUCAACGGAACCUUCGGAACCAUCUCCAAUAUUGUGACUGACAGACAUGACCCAAGAACUGUUAGACUUCUUGGACUGCAGCUGGACAACCCCACGGCAGGACAGACUCUUCGGAAGAAGCUUCUUGGCCCCUCGGACAACUUGGCGUACAUCGAGAGAUCCGAGGAGAGCAUUGGGAACAAGGGCGGAGUUGUGAGACGUCAGUUCCCCAUCAAGCUGGCCUUUGCGUGUACGGCCCACAAAGUUCAAGGGAUGACGGUGACGUCAGCUGUCGUGAGUCUUAAACGUGUCUUUCAACCGGGAAUGGCGUACGUGGCACUCAGCCGCACUACAUCACUUCAAGGUCUCACAGUCACAGACUUUGAUGAGAAGAAGAUUUAUGCCGACCCGGCAAUCACAACAGCCCUGGAACAGAUGCGCAGUGCGAGUUUCCAGAGCACCACUCCGCUGCUGCAUCACAUGAAGUCGACUGAGCGAACAGAGACCACUGUGACAAUCGUCCACCACAACACGCAGGGGCUUCCAUCUCACAUGGUGGACCUGAGGGUGCAUCACGAACUCAGGUUGGCAGAUGUGUUGUGUCUCACCGAGACGCAUCUGUCAGGGUCCCCUGUAUCAGAGUCCUUCUUUCUGGAGGGACACAACAUUUUUCAACGCAGUAGACGGGCGUCUUACACCGCAUGUCCGGACAUGGCGGCAAAAGCCGGUGGUGGAGUUGCUGUGUACUGCAAGAGCACUCUGACGGCAGAGUCUCCGAGGUGCACGCAACAUGUCACAGACCUUGAAUGUCUUGUUAUUAAAAUUGACGCACCAGUCAAAGUGCUAAUAGCCACUGUGUAUAGACCCCCAGAUUUCGGUUUGCAAAAGUUUUUGCCAAACCUCAACACCCUCUUGGACACAUUAGAACUCAUGGAUCACCAGCCCAUCAUUGUUUGUGGUGAUUUCAAUGAAGACCUCCUUUCCAAAGGCAAAAAAAGCAUCAGAGAUGCACUCCUGUCCAGAGGCUACACACAAUUGAUCACAGAGUCUACGACAGACAAGAACACCCUGAUUGAUCACAUUUACAUUUCCCAACCUGCUAAAUGUGUUCAGUCAGGUGUUCUCCAAACAUAUUAUAGCUAUCACAGUCCCAUCUAUUGCAUUUUGACUAGCUAAAACUCUUUUUUUCAACCGCGUUUAUCAAUGCCAUCACGUGUAUUGGCCGUUUUAAAAUAUUUAAGGAGACUCAGCAUUUUGCGCUCGUCACAUGGUUCCAGUGUCAUGUCAUGUGUUUUCAUGUGACAUGUUUCCCGCGUCGUCUUGUGGCACAUUUCGUGUCACACGGUUCCAGUGUCAUGUCAUGUGUUUUCAUGUGACAUGUUUCCCG